GAGAACUUGUUUCUUCGAGAAAUCCACACAAUGUGGAAUCGAUGCACGUGUAUAAACGCAGUUUUUUUUUUAAAUCGGACAUUAAGGGGGGCGGACACGAUCCAUUUAGCUUACGCAUGCUCAUAUUUGAUUUAAUAAAAUAAACGAAACUGAUUUAUAUAAGAAAAUAUAAAACAAGUUAUUUUUCUAUCUCAGCAUCAUUUAAAGACAGACUGUUUUCACUAUCGAAUAACUCGUUUUGAGGGCCCCUGACAGAGAACUGGAAACAAGACUGUAACUACCAAUUGGAAAUUGGGGAGAAAGGGAUAAAACGGAACAACUGUUGGUCCCACGGUCUACCUGAUGAGUAUGAGCGAGAUUACAGAACCUUCUAAUGAUGAUGCUCCCACUCUUACUGAAGAGUGGGCGUUUUCUGGAGCCGUGAUUUGCUGCUCCUGCACCCACAGCCGCCAUUAACCCUGCACCCACAGCCAUCAUUCCCCCUGCACCCACAGCCCCCACCCAGUCUGAGGUGAUGAUGACGACACCGGCUGAGAAGAUACAGGAGAAGGCGGCUGAGGAUGUGGUGGCCGUGGAGGAAGAGGAAGACGAAUAUGUGGUGGAGAAAGUUUUGAAUCGAAGGGUGGUGAAAGGGAGAGUGGAGUACCUUCUUAAGUGGAAAGGCUUUUCGGAUGAUGACAACACAUGGGAGCCAGAUGAUAAUUUGGACUGUCCCGACCUGAUUGCACAGUUUCUGCAGAAACAGAAAUCUGCUCAUGAGUCUGUAGGCAAGAGGAAGUCUGCAGAGCCUAAUGUGGAAGGAGAGGAAAGUCGACCCAAGAAGAAAAAAGACGACCCAGAGAAACUAAGGGGCUUCACUCGAGGUUUGGAUCCAGAGAGGAUUAUUGGCGCCACUGACUCCACUGGAGAACUCAUGUUCCUCAUGAAAUGGAAAAACUCGGAUGAAGCAGACCUGGUACCAGCUAAGGAAGCAAACGUGAAGUGUCCACAGGUGGUCAUAUCCUUCUAUGAGGAGCGGCUCACGUGGCACUCUUACCCCACAGAGGAGGAGGAGAAGAAGGACGACAAGAACUAGCUGUUUUGGAGAGAGGUAUCAAGCUGGUUCUGAAGACUGUAGAGGUAGUGUCAAGGGCUUAUGGGGCUCUAGGCAAAGGGUCUGAGACAAGCACGACAGCACAUGGACUCCCUUUUUGGUUUAAUAUCACCCAUCAGGUUAAAAUCUCUGGAUAUGAUGACCAAAGUCAAUACAGGCUAUGGGUUCUCUUGAGAAAUCACAACCCUGGAAGAUGUAUAAUGCAGUGUUAAAUGUUAAGAUUCACUCUAGUGACCAUUUGGAUACUACAAGAUCAUUUUCACAGGGCAGUUGACUAAGAGGUCUAGGCCUUGUCCAUUACUGUGUAGGCUGGUGGAAAUGUUAUCAUUCAUUGUCUUGUAAACAAGUCAACGGUGCCAAUUACUUUUAUGUAAAUGUUUUGUAGCUUAUAGUGCAAAACAAUGUUAAUCUUUGCUCAUUUUGUGACUGUUUUAGUGUAUUGAGGUAACACAUUUUAGAAAACCAUGUUUUUUUAAAAACUUUGCUCAUUUGUCCAUCUUAUUCUAACAUUUCAUAAACAGGACUUGCUUGUCUGUUUUUGGAGAAUAAACAACUUGUUACAAUUGUCAGUCUCA